AGUGCUCUAUCCGGGUUCGUCGGUUCUCUCAUGGCUGUCGAGGCGCUGCGGGAUGCAGGUCGCCGUUUCCGCGACGGGUGUCUCCGGGGCUGAAGAAGCGGAGGGAGUGCUCGCCCGCUCACCCGCGCCUGGCUUGUGGCCGCGCCACCGGGGGCGAUGAGUUGGUUCAACGCCUCGCAGCUCUCGAGCUUUGCCAAGCAAGCUUUGUCGCAAGCGCAGAAGUCGAUCGACCGGGUGUUGGACAUCCAGGCCGAAGAGGAAGAGGAGGGCGAGGGAGCCUCUGGCCGAAUCUCCCAGCCCAGACCUGGCGAGGCUGGAACAAAUUCACUUACAAGUGGAGGAUGGGAUACUUCUGCCUGGGGGUUAGAUCCUGAUACAGAAACUCAAAGUCAGCCAAUACCCUCUCCUACUGCAAUCACCAAACCAGUUAGGAGGACUGUAGUAGAUGAAUCAGAAAACUUCUUCAGUGCCUUUCUCUCACCUACAGAUGUUCAGAGCAUACAGCAAAGCACGGUAGUAUCUAAGCCCCCCACCAAAUCACAGCGGCCCAAGGAAGAAGUGAAAAGCACACUACAAGACUCUCUGCAUAGUGACCUGCCAGAAGCAUUGGUAGAAACUGCAGCAAAAGACUUUUCUGUAAUUGCACUAGUAGAACUGGAAAAUCUCAGUGAUUCCCAUGAACAGUUAGAAGAAAAUAGCUCAAUAGUUGAUACUGAAGACAAGCUUGAUGAAAACAAAACCGAAGACACUGAGCAACAGGUGUCUGCUGAGAAUGUCAGUGUGGAAAAAUCCACUGAUGUUGUAAAAUCAGAUUCAGGAAGUGAUGGAGCUGUACAUGUGCCUGAAAGUCCUGCGCAGUCUCUGCCCACAGAUACAAAGAAUGUAGGUUUGGAAACUAAAGAACGCAAAAGCGAGGACCGGCAAAGCAAUACCCCUUCCCCACCUGUUAGCACUUUCUCCUCAGGGACAUCCACAACUAGCGAUAUUGAAGUUCUAGAUCAUGAAAGUGUAAUAAGUGAGAGCUCAGUAAGCUCGAGGCAAGAGGCUGCUGAUUCCAAAGCCAGUCUUCACCUGAUGCAAACGUCCUUUCAGCUUCUAUCAGCAUCUGCUUGCACAGAAUAUAAUCGUCUCGAUGACUUUCAGAAAUUAACGGAGAGUUGCUGCUCCUCCGACGCUUUUGAAAGGAUUGACUCAUUUAGUGUGCAGUCGCUAGACAGUCGUAGCGUAAGUGAAAUAAACUCAGAUGAUGAGUUAUCAGGCCGGGGAUGCAUUUCAGCCUCUGUCACCAUCGGCCCUCUAACACCAAAAAGUGAUGUUGUUGAUCCUGUUCAAAGCAAAUCCGAUCAGAUUCUCAGUGAGACUCUUGCACUGCCUGCAGACGAAGCAGAAAUGGAGGAAAGUGGGCGAAGCGCCACCCCUGUUAACUCUGAGCAGCCGGAUGUCUUGGUUGUUCCUAUACGGACUGUUGAAGAGCAUACCCCAAAAGAAGAGGUAGUGGUAAUUCACCGCAGUGCUGAAGCGUUGUCCAGUGUAGAGUGUGAAAAAGAAGAACUUUGCAAGAUUAUUGAUUCAUUGACAGAGAAGCUGGAGAUAAGGGAGAAUCGACUAUUAAAUGUCAGUAAAGAGAAGGCAAGCCUCGAAGAAGCUUAUGAUAACCUCAAAGAUGAAGUCUUCAGAAUGAGAGAAGAGAACAGUAGCAUUUCAUCUCUUAAAGAGGAGUUUGCUCAGCGAAUAGCGGAUGCAGAGAAAAAGGUCCAGUUGGCAUGCAAAGAGAGAGAUACAGCUAAAAAGGAAGUAAAGACUCUCAAAGAAGAGCUAGCAACUAGACUGAACAGUAAUGAAACUGCUGAACUACUAAAAGAGAGAGAUGAACAAAUUAAAGGGUUAAUGGAAGAAGGAGAAAAGCUUUCAAAACAGCAGUUGCAGAACUCCAACAUCAUUAAGAAACUGAGAGCAAAGGAGAAGGAAAGAGAAAAUACUUAUGCAAAACAGAGUAAAAAAAUCAAGGAAUUAGAAGAGGAGUUACAGCAUCUGAAACAGGUAUUGGAUGGCAAAGAAGAAGUUGAGAAACAGCACCGGGAGAGCAUUAAGCAGCUAAAUAGUUUGGUUGAACGGCAGGAGAAGGACCUUAGCAGACUCCAGGUGGAAGUAGAAGAGCUUGAAGAGAGGAACCGGAGUGUCCAAGCAGCCCUUGAUAAUUCAUAUCGAGAUCUUGCAGAUCUUCAUAAAGCUAACGCUACAAAGGACAGUGAGGCACAAGAAGCAGCGUUAAGUUGUGAAAUGAAAGCUAAGGAGGAGCUUGGCUUAGCUUUGGAGAAGGCCCAAGAGGAAGCUCGUCAGCAACAAGAAGCUUUAGCAAUUCAGGUGGCAGAUUUAAGAGUGGCCCUGCAGCGUGCAGAGCAGCAGACAGCUAGAAAAGAAGAUUAUUUGCGCCAAGAAAUUGCUGAACUGCAAGAGAGACUUCAAGAAGCAGAGACUCGCAAUCAAGAGCUCAGCCAAAGUGUCACCUCUGCUACAAGGCCACUUUUGCGGCAAAUAGAGAACCUACAGGUGACCUUGGGAGCACAGACCACGUCUUGGGAGAAGCUAGAGAAAAAUCUUUCUGAUAGGCUGGGGGAAUCUCAAACUGCCCUAGCGGCCCAGGCGGAAAGAGAACGCGCUGCUACAGAAGAACUUCUUUCCAAUAAAAUCCAGUUAUCUUCUGCCGAAUCACAGAAUAGUCUCCUCAGACAAGAAAAUAGCCGCCUUCAAGCUCAGCUAGAAGCAGAGAAAACCAGGCUCAAGAAACUUGAGAAUGAAAACAAUCGGUAUGAAGUUGAGCUUGAAAAUCUUAAAGAAGAAUAUAUUAAAACUGCUGAAGAGGCAAAGAAAGAAAAGACGCUGUUAGCUACUCAGUUAGAAAUGGAGAAAAUGAAAGUAGAACAAGAAAAAAAGAAAGCAAUCUUUGCACAAGAAACAGCAAGAGAAAAGGAGCGCAAAUUAUUUACUCAGUCAACAACAGAAACAGUCUCAAGUACUCCAACGCUGUCACGUUCAAGCUCCGUGAGUGGGGUUGAUAUGGCAGGGCUCCAGGCCUCCUUCAUAUCCCAGGACGACUCUCACGAUCAUUCCUUUGGUUCAAUGUCUACAAGUGGGAGUAAUCUCUAUGAUGCAGUGAGAAUGGGAGCAGGCUCAAGUAUUAUCGAAAAUCUGCAGUCACAGUUAAAACUACGUGAUGGAGAAGUUUCUCACCUACAGCUGGAAAUCGCAAACCUUGAAAGAACUCGGUCAGUAAUGGCAGAAGAGCUGGUAAAAUUAACAAAUCAAAAUGACGACUUGGAAGAAAAGGUAAAGGAGAUACCCAAGCUACGUACACAACUAAGGGAUCUGGAUCAGAGAUAUAAUACUAUUCUCCAGAUGUAUGGUGAGAAAGCAGAAGAGGCAGAAGAACUGAGGUUGGACCUUGAAGAUGUGAAAAACAUGUACAAGACUCAGAUUGAUGAACUUCUGAAACAAAGGCACUGUUAAUUACUGUUGAAAGCUGCUGCUUGAAAACAAAGUUACAUUAAACUUUAGGGAAAUUCAUGUAAAUUUAGAUGACUUGUAAAGAUUCUGUACUAUAAAGUGAUUAUGCUGUAGAGUUCAUAUGUUGGAAGAAUCAUUAUGCUUUCAUGGUGGCCGACGGUUGACAGUUAAAUUAUUUGUUAAAUAUUUAAAAUAAAUCUUAUAUCCAUGGCUUUAUCUUAAUGCAUACUAAAAGGCAGGGUAUCUUACAUCUUUACAGUAGUACACAAAUUGACAGAUAAUAUUGAAUAAUCAGAAAGCAGGUAUAAUUGCAUAAUUGCAGCUGUUGCAGGAUGUGCCUGAAUAAUUCUACUGAUAGUUAUCUGACAUCCUGAUAUUCAUCUAAAUGGAUGAACAAUAUCACUUAUUAAAUAUAUUGAUUUCAAGUGCAUUAUUGAAACAAAAGGGAUGGGUUCUUUUAAUACUUUAAAAAAAACCCAACGAAUUAAGACUUGGAUUUGUACUAUGAUGUCCUAGCUAGGUAAAAUAUCGUGUUGCUCACAAAGGCAGCUGUUUGCCUUUGUCCCCAAUUAUUUAGAGUGGCUUAUACUGAAAAAGAAACCAAAUUUCCACCUAUUUAGUAGGUAUUUGGUUCCAUUUCCCCUAUGGGGUUGCAUUCCUAAAGCUUAAUACACUGCCAUUUAGGGGAGGUUGCUUAGCACCUUUAAUGGCAUUCAAUUAGAUAAUGCAGAACUUACUAAUUUUUGAGGAAGGAACAAGAUGCUUAUAUAUUCACACUCUGAAAUGGUUGCUCCCUUUUCCCCAUGGUCUCAUUCUUUAAAGGUGCAUGAAUGCACUUUAGUUUAAAGGUGGAUAAAACUGUAGAUGCUUCAAACUGUCUCCAGUAAUUAAAAAAAAGAUUUUUAGACGGUAGCUAUCAGAAAACAGCAAAGAGCACCUUAACUUGCCUUUCCAGAAAUUUAGCCUAAAUGAGGCAGCAAAAUUCCAUUGGUAUGAUUCACAGAAGGAAUUUGUUCAAAGUACUUGCUCUACCUACUGUGAGUAAAAAAAUCAAUCCCCAUAAAGUUAACUUUAAACAGCAGUUCUGAGGAAAGAUAUGGUCAAUACACUGUAAAAUGACUUCUCAGCGGCUUCUUUUUUUAAAAAAAAGUUCUCAGAGAUUAGAAGAUGUUUUUAAAUGAAACCCCAUUUGCUCAUAGAUACAUGUGUUUGUAUCAGGUGAUUCUGCCUACUUGCCAAUUCACUGUUGAUUCUAUAUAUAGAGAGAGAUACUGGAGACAUUUUUCCCAAGCCAAUGUGUCUGCCGAGCCCUUUGAUUCUCCCCCAGUCAAAAACAUCCUGCUUGAAAAAAAGCUGUGUUUUGGAUUUCAAGCUGCUGCAGGAGGAGGGGGGGAAGGAGGCAAGAAAAUCAGGAUCCGUGGCCAGAAACAGUUGUACCUGUGGAAAAACUCCAGUGGAUCCAAGCCACUGUGUUGGGGGUGGGGUGGGCUGGUUCUAACAUAUACUUCCCUGUUAUGCUAGUUUUUAAUGUAUAGAAACGUUUAACUUGGUGAAGCACGUGAUCAUAUAAUUCUGAUUUGAAAUGCUACAUUCCUGACAGGCCUACACUGGGUGUUUUUUCUUACAGUGGUAAAGAGAAGUUCCUGUUUUGUAGCAUGUAACCAAAUCUGUAGGUCAUUCUAAUGGGGGAAUUCUUGGCUCAAACCCCCCACCCCCGCAAACCACUUGAUACUGCUGUAUAAAAAGCUUGACUUAUUUGUACCUUCUAGUAUGAGGACACAUUUUGGAGUUAGCACUGCCCUGCCUGUAUAAGGAACAAUUUUCGAAACAUUAACCCAAUGCUGGAAUAAUUUUGAAACUUUUGUCCAUUCUCACAUACAUGCAGCAUAUUUUAAACCAAUGAAAAGGCUGCAGUGUUGAUUAGAUCUGGAAUCCAAAUUUGGGCUCAGUCUUGCUAUUUGACUUCUGCUCCUCAUCAACCUGCUAAUCUCUGACAGUCAACAAGUAUGAGGGAUAUUUCUCCAAAGAUAUAAAGAAAGUCUUUAUAUCCACUUGUAAUUGAAAAACAGACAAUAUUGCUAUCAUUGUUUGUGCAGGGUCAUUCACCUAAUAUUUUGCAAGGCCACAUUAGUUAAUCCUGUGUCUCUAUACCCACCAAAAGCAUCUUGCAAGUGUGAGCAUUAUGUCGAUGGCUCCCCCCCCACACACAGAAAUGUGCGGUUAUGGAUCUGCUUUUGGAGUUUUUUGCAUUUGUCAAUAAACAUGUAAAACUCUUAAAGCUGUUUUUGUGCAAAUACAGCCAUAGAUGUAAUCACCUUGUAUUUGUAAAAAGUAAUGUGGAAAGUGACCUAGAUAGUACUGGUGUAAGAAGUGAUAUUACAGGACAGAAAGAAUUUAGUCACAGACUGGAAAUGCAUUACUUUUAUUAAACAAAAGUAUACAUUUCUUGCAGAACUGUGUGGCUGCACCUAUGGCUGCAUUCAGAUGUCCAGACAAACCUCUGUUCAUGAUGGGCAUGAAAUUUGGCUUGUUUAAUAUACUCAUCUGUUCGUCCCUUCUUGUGUGCAGAAUGUGAAUGAAAGCUUUCCUGGUUUGGGAAACCUUACACUCCAGCUCACCAAGGCAUUCAAAUGCAAGUGCAUGGUCAGGUUAGAAUUUUUCCUCCCAAAAUCAAGCAGCAGCAAACUCUUCUUUGCAUUCAGAUAUCACAGUACCUUGAAGUUUGAGUCAAGGCUUCUUUAAUCAGGAAUAUUUCAGUUCUGUUCCAUAUACAAAGGGAAGAGUAUGUAAACACAACAAGCAAGCAGAAGUUUUAAUGAGACCUGAAUAUGGCCUGUAAUUUCCGGGGGGGGGGGGGGGGGG